UGUUUCACCCACCUAAAAUCUCUCUUGCUCACCCUACGUUCUUAACUAAACCUCUACCGACGGUGUCCGAAACCCAACAAAUUUCGAUGCUGACCCCACCCAGUAGAUCCACUCAGCGAGGCAGGGAGUGACGAAUUUUACCCGCGAGACGGGUCUUCUUUGCGUUGUUGAUAGCUACAGGAGAAUCGUGAGCUCAUCCGCACCGACAUAGCAUGUGAAAGAUCUUGGCUUUAGGGAUAAAGUUGCUUAGUUGCGGACUUUCGCCUUCUUUGCUUUUUCUUUUUUCCAGACACCGAGCUUUACACUGUUACUGGGAAUUCGCUUCAUUUGAGUUUAUCUGGAUGACCUGAGCUAUUGGUGAAGCUGCCAUUUUCAGUAUACUUUAAGCAAUGGGAUUAUUCUGCCUAGCCUUGUUCAUUUUUAUUGUUUCUUUCCCGCCGGGAUUAGCUCAAGAUGUUGCACAGUCUACUCUCAUCGUUCAUGGCUCCAAGGCAAUUGCGGAGACUGAUGAUAACUUCAUUUGUGCAACUCUUGAUUGGUGGCCUCAUGAUAAAUGCAAUUAUAACCAGUGUCCAUGGGGAUAUUCAUCUGUUAUAAAUCUGAACUUGUCCGAUCCAGUACUUGGGAAGGCAAUCCAAGCUUUCAAGAGUUUGAGGAUAAGAAUUGGAGGUUCCCUGCAAGACCGAGUAUUGUAUGAUGUCGGAAAGUUGAGACUUCCUUGCCACCCAUUUAGAAAGAUUGAAGGUAGCUUGUUUGGCUUUUCCAAGGGAUGCUUACACAUGAAGAGGUGGGAUGAGCUGAACAAAUUAUUCAGUAAGACGGGGGCUGUCGUAACUUUUGGACUGAAUGCACUUAAUGGAAGGCAAUGGAUCAAGGACAAUAUCUGGGGAGGGGAUUGGAACUUCAGUAAUGCUUAUGAUUUUAUCAAAUACACAGUUGCAAGGAGAUACUCCAUCGAUUCAUGGGAAUUUGGUAAUGAGCUCAGUGGAAGUGGAAUUGGCGCUAGCCUCUCUGCUGAACAGUAUGGGAAGGAUCUAAUUGUCCUUAAGAAGAUAAUCGAUGAGUUGUACAAAAGUUCUCAUUCAAAACCUUCACUCGUAGCACCUGGAGGAUUCUAUGAUCGGGAAUGGUAUGCGAAACUCCUUCAGGUUUCAGGUUCAGGAGUGAUCAAUGCAAUGUCCCAUCAUAUAUACAAUCUGGGUGCAGGUGUUGAUCCUCAUCUUGUGAGUAAGAUAUUGGAUCCAAGUUACUUGAGUCAGAUAUCGGACACAUUCAUCAACCUGGAGGAAACAAUCAAGAAGCAUGGACCCUGGGCAUCUGCAUGGGUUGGAGAAUCUGGUGGGGCAUACAAUAGUGGUGGUCGUCACAUAUCUAACACGUUUGUCAACAGCUUCUGGUAUCUAGAUCAGCUUGGAAUGGCUUCCAAGUAUGACACUAAGGUUUAUUGCCGGCAGUCUUUAGUGGGUGGGAAUUAUGGCCUCUUAAACACCGCCACAUUAGCGCCUAAUCCAGAUUACUACAGUGCCCUUCUGUGGCAUCGACUCAUGGGAAAACGCGUUGUUGCUGUCAGUGGUGACGCUCCUCCAUCUUUACGCUGUUAUGCACAUUGUUCAAAAGGAAAGGCAGGCGUGACUUUGCUCCUGAUUAAUUUAAGCAAUGAGACUAAAUUCAUGAUCGGGACCCAGAGUAGUGUGCAGAAUUUGCACGCGGAGGAACAAUCUGUCGAUGGAGGGAGUAUUCUCAUUCACGGAUUGAAGAAAACCGUCUCGUUCGUCGGCCAAGGAUCAUCGGAUGCUCUGCUUUUCAGAGAGGAGUACCAUUUAACUCCACAAGGCGGUCACCUUCAGAGUCAAACCAUGCUCUUGAAUGGAAGCCCGUUGGAGCUCAUGCGGGAUGGAGGGAUCCCGCCUUUAGAGCCUAACCUUGUGCGGGCCGAUUCUCUAGUACCCAUUUCUCCUCUGUCCAUUGCUUUCAUAGUCUUCCCGAAUUUUGAUGCUCAAGCUUGUGCUUGACUCGUCCCCUUGCAUAAUUAAGCGGCGCGAGCAAGUUCAAUGUAUCCAUUUCAAGUGUGUGAAUAAAAUCAAGUUACUGAUGUGUGGCCCUAUUGUGUUCAUCUGUUUGUGAGAUUGGUAUUGAAGCUCUCAUGGCAAAUUGUAACUAAUGCAGCAUGAGAGCAAUUGGGUUCUUCUCAAUGUGUUCAAGUCACUGAUUUGCCAAGGGCAUCUUGCAAAAGUUGCAAAUCUUUUGGUUCUUGGAGGAAUGGAAUGGAAAUGAGCUGUUGAAGAA